CAGACUUCCGCAGCUGAGCGGUAUUGCCACAUACAGAAACACUCCACUAAGCAUCUUCCUUUCAUCCUCCGCACCGAACGUUCCUACCAAUACAUUCCCAUUGCCACUGCCGUCAGUCACAGGGCUACUGCCUGAAGAGACAAUCGAGUGCCGCGCAACAGUAUUGCCUACCAACGUAUCUGUGCGUCAUCCGUUCCGACAUCUUUUAGGAGCAUCGGCUGCCUGAUAUAUUGCGUGGAUUUUCCCGAACAGCUGUUAUUUCGGACCCUUCACGCGGGCCGCAGUGAGAUUCCGACGCACAACAUCCAAAUGAAGACCACGGUCCCAUCCGCAUAUCGACCAUGAGUUCACAGACCUCCGGCCUGGACCGCCAACUCCGCCAGGCUCUAUGUGACCAUCCCCGACGACAUGGCUACCGCUAUACAGACAGUGCGAGCGACAGCCUGUUAGAAGGCCUCUUCCGUUCACUCACAAACGAUCGACCAGACUACCUCCACGAGCUCUUCCCGAAUGGCUUCCCCUCUUCCUACAAGCUACAAGAUGCGCAGGGAGUGCAAGAGAAUGCAGAAUACACCGCGGCUGCUAAGGGGCACCCUUGUGGCCAUAUAUUCAAACCAGGAGAGGCGAGCUAUCAUUGCAGUACUUGUACCGACGACAGCACGGCAGUACUUUGUUCGAGAUGUUUUGUGUCCAGUGAUCAUGAAGGACAUCAAUACACAAUAACAAUGAGCCCUGGAAAUAGUGGAUGUUGUGAUUGCGGUGACGAUGAAGCGUGGAAGAGGCCUGUCAAAUGUGCCAUUCACACAGCCAGAGAUGACUGGAUGACAACCGAUGAGCUCGUCUCUCCUCUCCCAGCUGAUUUACAAGAAUCGAUCCGCAUUACUGUCACCAGGGUCCUCGACUAUUUCUGCGACGUAAUAUCAUGUUCUCCAGAAAACCUUCGUAUGCCAAAAACGGUAGAAAGCGUAACACAAGAUGAAGUUCGAAGUCGAUUACAACCUGACCAUUAUGUCAACGGUGAUGAGAUCGAGGCCAACCCGGAGUUCUGUUUGAUCAUUUGGAACGAUGAGAAGCACACAGUGCGCGAAGUCCAGUCACAGGUAGCACGAGCAUGUCAUGCUCGCGAGUUGUGGGGUCUUGCGAAGGCAGAGGAGGCCAACGACAUCGGCAGAAGCGUCAUCAAGUUUUCUCGUGAUCUGAAUGAGCUGACCAUCAUGGCCAAAAUUAUUGAAGAAAUUAAGGUCACAGUCACCAUACGGUCAGCCAGGGACACCUUUCGAGAACAGAUGUGCGGAACCAUAAUUGACUGGCUGGCUGACAUCGCUGGCUGCAGCAUUGCCGGAGACAGUCACAUUUUGCGUCGCAUAAUAUGCGAGGAGAUGCUACAGAUCUGGCAUAUUGGCAGCGAGGCUUGGAACGCUAAAGUUGGAAAAGAGGAUCUGGAUGACCAUGGCGGAGAAGACGAUCGCGAAUUUCGACGGCGGGCGAGACUGAUCUCGCUUGAUCCGAUCCAGUUUGCUAUGCAGAGGAUUGUGGCAGAUGAGGACGAUGUGCUUAGUGACGAAGAUAACGAGCCAUUGGACGCUGAUGAUGACGACGACGAUGAGGAUGAGCUCGGUGAUGCCGAGGUCGAUCGGGAAGUGAACGACUUAAUCCUUCGCGCAACAGUGUUUGAGGAUGCAGACAGUGUCAAUGAGCAGUCGGGCGAUCCUGACACGACUGAUGGUGCCGACGAUAUGGAUACAGAUGGUGAAGGCGAUGGCGAUUUUCUGGAUGUUGCAGAAAGAAUGGACACGGACACAGCAGUGCCUCCACGACCAGCAGUUCCUCUCGUGCAGGCUACGAACGGCCCUGGAAUUGCUGUUCAGCUAGGUGGAGCAGUUUCUCCAACAGGUGUAGACACGAACGCCAAUUACCUCAACAUUCCCAGAACACCAGCUGGCUCAGCACGUCCGAACCAUUCACAGUCUCCGCCACCCAAUCAUUGGAAGUCCUCAGCGCCUGGCCAAACUGCAUCAGAUUCCAGCCUACCAGUCUACGAAGAUCUGACCAAGAAUAUCAGGGUCGAUUCUAUGAUCUUGUUCGAUCUACGUCUAUGGAAGCUUGCGCGGGCGAACAUGAGAGACUUGUUCAUAAGUACGCUGGUCAACAUACCACAAUUCAAACGCAUACUAGGAUUGCGGUUUUCCGGAUUGUACACGACUCUUGCGCAACUCUAUCUAGUAGCCGACAGAGAGCCGGAUCAUUCAAUCAUCAACCUGUCUUUGCAGCUACUCACCACGCCAUCAAUCACAGAGGAAGUGAUCGAAAAAGGCAAUUUCCUGACCAACUUAAUGGCAAUAUUGUAUACCUUCUUGACAACCAGACAGGUCGGCUUUCCAAAAGAUCUAGACCCGGGCGCAACUCUGGGAUUCGACGCCGGAUCAGUGGCCAAUCGUCGGCUGUAUCACUUCUUUUCUGACUUGAGGUAUUUUCUAGCGUCGCCUUUCGUACAGGCCAAGGCUCGGAGUGAGCCACAAUAUCUCUUCCAGUUUCUCGAUCUGGCCAAGCUAUCCCAAGGGAUCUGUCCCAACAUCAGAGCUGUUGGUGAACAUGUCGAGUACGAGACCGAUGCAUGGAUUAGUGCGUCGCUUCUAACUCGAGAUAUCAAUAAAUUAUGCCGCCAGUUCGCAGAGGCAUACUAUGUCAAUCAGAACAGCAGCCCAGCAGCCCUCCGCGCCACGUGCGAAGCUAUCACACAUGCGGCAGGGAUUGCAAUCAUCAACUCGGUUGGACUCGAGCGGAGACGAUUCGACCAGGCUGAGAUCAAAGAACCAGUGAAGUUUCAUACUGUCGGUCCAUUCGGGGAUGCAGCCACUUUCAGCGUGGUCGACUUUGUCAUUGAAAAGGGCUCGCUCAGCUUUCACCAUCCGCUCCACUACACUCUGUCAUGGCUGCUGGAAUGCGGUAAAGACAGCAAAAAUUCAAUCGAUUCCCUCCGUGACGCCGCGCAGACGUUCCUUUCGCAUCUUCACGACACCGCGCUAGGUGCCCGAGACAACGCCAUAAAGCUUGCCCUUACUUCCGCCGACGAUGCAUUACUGGCCAUGUUUGAUUUCCCACUCCGUGUCUGUGCUUGGCUGGCUCAAAUGAGAGCGAAUCUAUGGGUCCGUAAUGGCAUGAGUCUGCGACAUCAGAUGAUGCAAUACAAAAGCGUGGCCCACCGCGACGUCGGCCACCACCGAGAUCUCUUCCUACUGCAGGCUGCACUCGUGACGUGCGAUCCAAGCCGAGUGCUGGCUUCAAUGGUUGACCGAUUCGGCCUUACUGACUGGAUGAAGUAUGGAUUCGUUUCGCUGGAAAUCUGCGAGGACAGCCAGAUGCUGGAUCUGGCAGAAGACUUUAUGUAUCUCUUGAUCAACCUUCUUUCAGACAGGGAUGCGUUGAUUUCGGAUCGAGACAAUCCUGAGUCACAGCUUCUGGCAGUGCGUAAAGAUAUUGCACAUACGCUGUGCUUCAAACCGCUGUCGUACUCAGAUCUUUGUGCUCGUUUGACCGAGCGUGCGCAAGACCACGAGAAGCUACAGGAUGUCCUGGAGCAAAUGACCAGAUAUCGUCCGCCAGAGGGUCUGCACGAUUCUGGCUUAUUCGAGCUCAAAGAAGAGUAUUUGCAGGAGCUAGACCCAUACAACUCUCAUUUUUCGAAAAACCAGAGGGAUGAGGCAGAGAACAUCUACAAGAAGUGGAUGGCAAAGAAACUGAAGAAGUCACCUGAUGACAUCGUUCUGGAGCCGAAAUUGCAUCCAAUCCCGUGCGAGGCAUACAGGAACCUCUGCCGAGUGGUGCAUACAACAAUUUUCGCCGAUGUCAUGCAUAAAGCUCUCUUUUAUGUUGCGCAGGGACAUAAGACCAAGAGCGGCGUAUCAGCGACUCGCGUGGAGGCUUUCCUCCAGAUCGUCCUACAAUUAGCGCUCAUUGCUACCCUGGAAGACGAUACUGACGAGUACAGCAAUGAACCGUCCUUUAACAGCAAUGCGAUCGCAUUGCACUUACCAGCGCACGGUGAAUCGCACUCCACCAUCGUCGAUCAGUUGCACAAAAUAUGGUUGAUGGAAGAAUUUGUCCCCUGUAGAAGCAAGGUCAGGCAUGUGUUGAGGCUCUUAAAUCAGAAGCGACCGCAUCAAUUUAACAGCACCACUCAGCAUCUUGAUUUUCCCUCCGGCAGAUUUGAUACCGGCUCUCCUGCCAAUGUCGAGAGUGAGAUUGAAGCCAAGAAGAAACAAGCAAUGGAACGCAAAGCGAGGGUCAUGGCUCAAUUUCAGCAACAACAACAGAGUUUCAUGGACACGCAAGGGGUGAUCGAUUGGGGAGAUGAGGACCUGGACUCGGUAGAUGAGGAGUUGCCAAAGUCGACAGAGACACGUCACUGGAAGUAUCCUACAGGACUAUGCAUACAAUGUCGCGAGGAUACAUCAGACUCCAGGCUGUACGGCACGUUCGCCAUGGUUACCGAUGCACAUGUCCUGCGACAAACCGAUACAUCGGACGAGGAUUUUGUAGGAGAACUGUUUGCCAUUCCAGAUCACUUGGAUCGUUCCGUCGAAAAUAUUCGUCCUUUCGGUGUUGCCGGAUCUAACCACGACCAGCUCAGACGUCUGAACACGGAAGGGGAAGAGGUCACGGUCGAUUUUCAGGGUCUUGGUAAAGGCUGGCCCAAGAACUGUACCAUGAAGGGCCCAGUAUCCACCAGCUGUGGCCACAUCAUGCAUUAUGGAUGUUUCGAGAACUACUACCAGUCGAUCACCAGAAGACAUUCUCAGCAAGUUGCUCGCAAUCAUCCAGAAAGAAUAGCUCUGAAGGAGUUUGUGUGUCCUUUGUGCAAAGCUCUCGCAAACACAUUUUUACCGAUCAUAUGGAAACAUUCACAACAGUCAUAUCCCGGCUCCCUGAGCGUAUCUCAAGAGUUCGACUUCUUUAUGGACAGGGACAUCUCCCGGCUCACGGCUGACUCUGUUCCAACUGACAGUAGCACAUUUGAGACUCUAGCUUCACAAAUGUAUUCACAGACAUUGGACACGUUUUCGAACAGCUCAUUGACUCCAGCUAUUGCUUUGUGGCAGGCUGGAGAUCUGACAAUCAGUCCCACGAGUCCCGCUUGGGCGGAAAGACCCGAGUUGGCAGCGUUUGCCGAGCUUUCCAGCAUCUAUGGUCGUCUAAGAGAAUCGCUCGCUAUUACCGCAAAGACGAAUCAACUCGUGAGUUCUGUCAAGGACUGGCCGGUGAAUCACUCUCACAUGCUCGUCGACACGCUUGCCAAUACUAUUGCAGCUGUCGAGAUUGGACAUCGGGGACGAGAAGCCGAGUUCGGCACGUCUCUCCUAACUAGCAUUCCUCCACAGACCCUCAGUCAUCUACAGAUUCUUUCGUCUACAUUGAGCGCUUACACUGUUACUGGAGCAUUGACCGUCGGGGGUUCGGCCGAGUCUCAAUUGAAGGGGCUCUGUGAUCACAUCGAACGUCAAUUGGCCGGAGUUGUGACAGGACAGGAGACACAAAGGGAUAGUCCUGAUCCCGCUUGGCCUCUUCUUCGGACGGAUGCUUUCCAGUUCUUGGUUCAGUCGACAAUGGUAUUAUGCCCUGUCCGCCGUCUUGAACGUCGCCACUUCCUGCAGCUUUCGCUUACUCUGGAACUCAUGCGCGUCGUGUUAGCGUUUAUGCUCGAUCCCAAAGCAUUCUUUGGAGCGAGCGACAAAUUAGUUCAAGGUCAUAUUCGGCACGCGGCGCCAUUGCAUCCAGAAUCCGACGAAGUCCGGAGUAUGGAGGGUUUCGUUGCUUGGGUAGACCGCCACCUUCAGCAGAUUGGAGUGACUGGAGGCGGGAGAGUCGAGGUGCUCCGGGAUGCCAUUCGACGAAUGUCUCCAAACGAGUAUGGCGCAUUGUGCAGAUUGUGCAAGGCCUAUGCUCUUGUCUUCCUGCGGAAGUCGGCGGUCUUCUUCCAUGUCGCGCACGGCAUUGAUUUCCCCACCACAGCAGGCUCGGAAGCCAGCCUGCCAGAGCUUGAUCGACUUUUGCACUUCUUCCACUUGCCAAACAUCCGAGAGAUACUCAUGUCAUUUGACGAAUUCUCGGUUCAUGGAGCUCUGAAAGCACGAGCGAGCAUUUGGCUGACCGAUUGUUGCAAGUACGACAUGGCUACAGCGGAGUCAGAGCAACAAUUAUGGAGCACAGCUUCACCUUUCGGCAUCAGACUCCUUCAUCCUGCGCCCCUUGAACUGAUUGGACUUCCGAAAUACUUUGAUACCUUGAUGGAAGAAUCCCAUCGACGCAAGUGUCCAACAACUGGAAAAGAAGUAUCAGACCCGGCUUUGUGCCUGUUUUGUGGUGAGAUAUUUUGCUCGCAGACGGUCUGUUGUCUCACGAAAGAGAUGCGUGGUGGGUGCAAUGCUCAUCUGGAGAAAUGCUCGAGUCCCAUUGGCAUGUUUCUGUUCGUCCGGAAAUGCCAUGUUGCGUUGUUGCAUGUUGUCAAGGAUCCGAGGAUGCUUGAGCAUGACCGCGAGAGAAUCGGACGGGGGAUUCAAGCACUGCCGCCGGGUUCUCUGACAUUAAGUCAUGGGUCGUUCUUCUCGGCGCCGUACCUGACAAAGCAUGGGGAGACGGAUUCUGGGUUGAGGUCUAAACAUCAAUUGAUUCUGAACCAAAAGCGAUAUGACAAACUGUUGAGGGAUACUUGGUUGAUGACCAAUGGCAGCAUUUGGAGUACUAUUGCGAGAAAGCUGGAGAGUGAAGUCAACGCUGGUGGAUGGGAGACGCUCUAGUCAUUCCGAGAACAACGUGCCUCAUCGCUAACCUGUAACUUUGCUUCAUGAUGGGUCAGCGAGGCUGACGGUUCGAGGCAUGAAUGGCCAUAGACUUACGGAGCAUGAGACAUGAUUACGACGGGCGCCUGAUGGUAAUUGUAUCGUAGGCCUACUUAAACAGCGAGAUACUUAGGCUUAGCCUCGAAAUCGUGAGACUUACCACUCAGGUUUUGAUGGUCGAGUCUUCGAGUCAUAUGUCCAUCAGUUGAACAUUCCGACAAGAUCUGCAAAGUCCAACGCAAUAGCUAGGAAAAUGUUGAGGCUCUACGAAGUACGACCAGCGGUAAAGAGACACGCGUUACG